UCAGAUUCAUCCGACUCAGGAUCAGAUGACGGACUAUGGCUGAUCUUCAGGCGCAGGUAGCAUUAGCCUCUCCGCCCUGAGUUACCCCUGUCACCCCCCGGGGCAGAACGCGCCGCGGGUUUAAUCUGAUGCAUGAUGUUACUGAUCUCCGGCUGAUAACCUGCUUUUAACGGGAACCGGAUAUCCGGUUGUGUGCGGCUCUAAUCCGCGAAGAUCUUGAGGAAAUGUCGUACAGAGAAAACUGGAAAGUCCAGCAUGAGAAGCUGCACGUGAAGCACCGCGGCCAUGAGGCGAUGCACGCGGAGAUGGUGCUGAUCCUGAUGGCCACGCUGGUGGUGGCGCAGAUCGUCCUGGUGCAGUGGAAGCAGAGACACUGCAGGUCCUACACCUUAGUGACCCUCCUGCAGAUGUGGGUGGUGCCCCUGUACUUUACCCUGAAGCUGUACUGGUGGCGUUUCCUCUCCACAUGGGGCAUGUUCUCCGUCAUCACCAGCUACGUCAUCUUCAGAGCCACACGCAAACCGCUCUCCGGGAAAACGCCCAGGAUGGUGUAUAAAUGGUUUCUGCUCAUCUAUAAGCUGAGUUACGCUGUAGGAGUCCUCGGCUACCUCGCCAUCAUGUUCACUCUCUUUGGGUUCAACGUGUUCUUCAGUAUCAGAGCGGAGGACUCGAUGGAUGUGGGCGUGGUCAUGCUGUUCUACGGUCUGUACUACGGAGUGAUGGGACGCGACUUUGCUGAAAUCUGCUCUGAUUACAUGGCGUCCACCAUCGGGUACUAUAACACGGGCGGGAUGCCGUCUCGCAGUCUAUGCCAUGACGUCUGCGCCGUGUGCGGACAGAAGACGCUAGUGGACGUGGACGAGGAGGGCGUGAUCGAGGACACGUACCAGCUCUCCUGCAAUCACAUAUUUCAUGAGUUCUGCAUUCGCGGCUGGUGCAUUGUGGGUAAGAAGCAGACGUGUCCGUACUGCAACGAGAAAGUCGAUCUGAAGAGAAUGAUGAACAACCCCUGGGAGAGGACACACGUGCUGUACGGACAGCUCCUGGACUGGCUCAGGUACCUGGUCGCCUGGCAGCCCGUCAUCAUUGGCGUUGUGCACGGGAUUAACUUCUCACUCGGCCUGGAGUGAAGUCUGCUUUCAGCUUCUCUAGAAGCCGUGCAGCUGUUUAUUAGGAAAUUAUUUAUUCAUUAAUGAUGACUCAUUUAGGAAAUGUUUUUUGUAGCAUUUAUUUAUUUUAUAAUAUCCUGGCAGCCUUCAGAUAGCCUCGGACUCUCACACACACACACACACACACCUCAUACGUGGCCUUUAUCGCUCCUGUUGAAGCUUGUUGUUCAUUGCACAUUCUUAAUCCACAGUGUUGUAGAGAUCUGCAAAUUAAUUGUAAUUGUUGUAAUUUGCUGUAACGUAAGAGGAUUGAAACACCGACAUGCUGUGACGGCUCUGUAUCACACUGCUGCUUCGCUGAUUCAGCUUUAGGUCUGAUGUUCCUUAGUUUCAGCUGCUUGUAUACACUAUAUUGCCAAAAGUUUUCGCUCUCCUGCCUUCACAUGCAUAUAAACGUGAGUUAAAUCCAAUUCUUAUCCCAUAGGGUUUAAUAUGAUGUUGGCCCCGUCCCCUUUGCAGAUAUAACAGCUUCAGCUUUUCUGUGAAGGCUUUCCACAAGGUUUAGGACUGUGUUAUGGGAAUUUUUGACCAUUCUUCCAGAAGACGAGAAGGCGUGGCUCACAGACUCCGCCCUAAUCCAUCCCAAAUGUGUUCUAUCGGGUUGAGAUCAGGACUGUGCAGGACAGUCGAGUUCUUCCACACCAAACUCACUCAUCCAUGUCUUUAUGGACCGCACUUUGUGAAGUGUCCGUCCCCAAACUGUCCCCAAAGUUGGGAGCAUGAAAUUGUCCAAAAUGACUCAGUGUGCUGAAGCAUUAGAUGUUCCAGUUCAACAUGACAGCGCACCAGUGCACAAAGCAAGGUGCAAAGGGGGCGGGGCCAACAUCAUAUUAAACCCUCUGGAUUAGGACUUGGAUGUCAUUUAAAUUCAUAUACAUGUGAAGGCAGGAGAGCAAAUACUUUUGGUAAUAUAGAAUAAAAAAGAUUGACCUUUUGAGAUUUUCUUGCAUGUUAACGUAGUAACAAACACAUCUGUUGUUAACUCGUCUGUCUUUACACACAUCCUGAUCCAUCAGCUCCUGUUACAAUAAUGUCUUUUGAUGUUGUUUGAAUCUUAAUCAGUGCACCGUGAGAAUGAGGUCACACUCCAGCUGUGGGUCACCUGACCCGGGGUGUGAGCGCUGCAGCUGUGGAGACGCCACAGAGCUCCUCGGAGUGUGUUAGUGCUUAGUGUUACAUAAGUGUGUGUUUAGUGCAGUUUGUGUUAUAUAUGUGUGUGUUUAUUGUCACGUGGAGGACUACGUGGAGGUUCACACACUUCAGUCAGCUCUGUGUUCCUAUAGCGCUGCUAGGAAAGCGCUGUCUACCCUCUUCUACACACACCAUCACGAUUGGCUCGUGUCCCUCUGAUUGACGGAGAGAGGAAGAGAGAAAGCUCCACCCAUCCCAACAUCACAGGCAGUUUACUCGCUUGACUCCGGGCCAGGGACACACACACACACACACACACAUAGCUGUGUUAGUCAGGCUUCUUCAUUUGUAAAGUGUUUUUGGCUUCUGGUUUGGGAAUAAAAAAGACUUAGUGCUCUCACACACUCCAGAGUGUAACACUCACAGGAUGUCAGGUAAAAAAUCUAUUAAAUGGAAAACAGUUGAACUGCGCUGAUGUAAUUCGGUGAUGUCAGACUGACGGAUGAGUCGGUGUCAUUUGUGUUAUUUGUGUAUUUGGUGUCUUUUAUGUAAUUAUUCACAAAUUUGAAUGAAAUGCAUUUAAC